AUGGCGAAAGCUUCCCAUACAUUGCAAAAAGGUGCUGUCGUCCAGCACACCGCCAAAGCCCAUAACCUGAAAGGUCAACUGCCUGAAGGGAGCAUGGAAUCUUUGGCAACAACCAUUCGUUUCGUGACGCUGAACUGCCGAACACUAUCGAGUGAACUCCAACAAGCCGCUCUAUCCAGACUUCUGCGAUAUCUCAGUGUGCCUUUUGCUGCACUGCAGGAAACACGCAUGAGAGAUCGGCCCGUCAUCAGCAUCGAAAAUUACACCAUGUACUGCUGCGAUGCUGAUGAGAACAAAGUAGGUGGCUGCGCGAUAGCUGUGAGGAACGAUUAA